GAGCUGUAGCCGCAGCCGCAGCCCGGCGGCAGGAAUUUCCAUGAGAUGCAGAUCAUGUGUUGGGAGAAGGAUGAGUCCUGCAUUUUUCUCAGGAGUCUUCCAAUACAUUUGCUUAAUGCCCUUUUAAAAGUGCUGUAAUUGAGUUCAUGUGAAACAAAUUGUUUUGAAUCAUGAAUGAAGAGAAAAGCCUUGGUGCAUCGCAGAAAAUGUUGUCUCCUUCAAGGAGUACGAGCAGCUGUUCCUCCAAGCAAGGAAGUCGUCAGGACAGCUGGGAAAUUGUCGAAGGGCUCAGGGGAGCAAUGAAUUGUACUCAAGAACCACAGAAGCAGGAAGGCUGCUUGCUGAAAAAGAGGAAAUGGCCCUUGAAAGGCUGGCACAAGAGAUACUUCUUUUUGGACAGAGGGAUUUUGAAAUACUCUAAAUGCAAAGCUGAUAUAGAAAGAGGGAAGCUUCAUGGCUGUAUUGACGUUGGACUUUCUGUCAUGUCUGUAAAGAAAGCAACAAAAUGUAUAGAUUUGGAUACAGAAGAGCAGAUAUACCAUCUGAAGGUGAAAUCUCAGGAAUUGUUUGAUGAGUGGGUAGCRAAACUUCGCCACCACAGAAUGUAUCGUCAGAACGAAAUCUCCAUGUUUCCCCACGACGUCAGCAAUCUUUUCUUCCCUGUGUCUUCUCCUGUGGACUCGGUCCCUGGUGUGUGUGAUCCUGCUCCAGUUAGAAAGGCAGGCAGCUUGACCAAGCAGAGCUCAGUGUCAGCUGGAGGCAGCUUGUCUUUUUCCUAUUCAAGUAAUGAGUCCCGGAUUCCAUCUUGGCUACAGUCUUCUGAAGACAUGGAAAAAUGCUCAAGGGACCUUUCCUACUGUCACACAUAUUUACUGGAAAUGAACCAGCUGUUACAGAGUAUGGAUGUUCUUCACAGGACGUACUCAGCACCUGCUAUAAAUGCUAUACAGGUUGGACCUUUUGAAAGCCCUAAAAAGGAGAAAAGAACACACAGGAGGUGGCGAUCCAGAGUUGUUGGGAAAGAGCCUAAGGGAAUGUUACAGGUGCCUUCAGUAUUUUCUGCGCCGAUGAGACUACAUGCUUCCAAUCCUAAUUUAUCUACUAUAGAUUUUGUAGAGGAGAAAAAUUACUCUGAUGGCUCUGAAACAUCAUCAGAAUUUACUAAAAUGCAAGAAGACUUAUUUCACAUUGCACAUAAAGUUUUCUUCACCUUGAAGUCAGCUUUCAGCACCAUAUCUGCAGAGAGAGAGAAGCUGAARCAGAUGCUGGAACAUGAUGCAUCCCUGUCUCCAUCUGCACAAAUAGUUGGCUUGAAGAAUGCCUUAACAUCCGCAAUAGCACAAAACACAGAUCUUAAAGACCGGUUACGCAGAAUACAUGCCGAAUCUAUGAUCCUUGAUUCAGCAUCUAAUGCAAAAUCAAGCCCAGAUUUGGUGCAGGAAAAUUCAAGAGAAGAAAGCAGAGGUCUGGUUCACCAGAUCUCCAAUGAAAGCAGACUGUCUAUUGCUGACUCCCUCACAGAAUUUUUUGAUGCCCAGGAGGUCCUGCUGUCCGCCAGCUCUUCAGAAAAUGAGGUAUCAGACGAUGAUUCCUAUGUAAGUGAUAUCAGUGACAAUGUCUCAGAAGAUAACCUAAGCAACGACAUGGAGAAUGAAAGGCAAACUUUAGAUUGUAUUUCUGAAAGUGGAAUUGGAUGCCAUUCCAAACGGAGAACGUGUUUACCAGCUCCAUGUCCUAAUACAAGUAACAUCAGCUUGUGGAAUAUCCUGAGAAAUAACAUAGGAAAGGAUCUCUCCAAAGUGGCCAUGCCCGUUGAACUAAAUGAACCGCUUAACACCCUGCAACGUCUCUGCGAAGAGCUGGAGUACAGUGAACUGCUAGAUAAAGCAGCACAUACACCUGAUCCAUUUGAAAGGAUGGUGUACAUAGCUGCCUUUGCAGUAUCUGCCUAUGCAUCCAGUUACUACCGAGCUGGAAGCAAGCCAUUUAAUCCCGUGCUCGGAGAGACCUAUGAAUGUAUUCGUGAAGAUAAAGGUUUCCAGUUUUUUGCAGAACAGGUCAGUCACCAUCCACCUAUUUCUGCAUGCCAUGCUGAGUCGGUGCAUUUUGCUAUUUGGCAAGAUGUGAGAUGGAAAAACAAAUUCUGGGGAAAGUCCAUGGAAAUUGUUCCAGUUGGUACAACGCAUGUCACUCUGCCAGCGUUUGGAGACCAUUACGAGUGGAACAAAGUGACAUCCUGCAUCCAUAACAUCUUAAGUGGGCAAAGAUGGAUUGAACACUAUGGAGAGAUCAUCAUCAAAAAUCUUAAUGAUGACACUUGUCACUGCAAACUGACUUUUAUAAAGGCAAAAUACUGGAAUCCAAAUGCACACGAAAUUGAAGGCAGUGUCAUGGAUAAAACUGGGAAAGCUGUGCAUCGCAUUUUUGGAAAAUGGCAUGAAAGUUUAUACUGUGGGACCCCAUCAUCUUCAAACUGCAUAUGGAGAGCAAAUCCAAUGCCUAAAGAUUAUGAGCAGUGGUAUGGAUUUACUCAGUUCGCCCUGGAGUUAAAUGAACUGGACCCACAAACUAGGCCAUUACUACCAUCCACUGAUACACGUUUUAGGCCAGACCAAAGGUUUCUAGAAGAAGGGAAUAUCGAAGGCGCUGAAUUGCAAAAGCAGAGGAUUGAGCAACUACAGAGAGAACGACGGAAAGUUCUGGAAGAAAACAGUCUGGAGCAUCAGCCUAGAUUCUUCAGGAAAUCCAAAGAUGACUCCUGGGUGAGCAAUGGAACCUACAUGGAGCUCAGAAGAGAUCCCGGGUUUUCCAAGCUGGACAAUCCCGUCCUCUGGUGAAAAAGGAGCCAAGUGAAGAUACCCUGUGCUGUGUUCUCAGUUCUGACUUAAAAGAAGUAUAUAUGAAACAUACCUAUAAACAUAUUUAUAUAUAUACAAGUGCACACAUAUAAUAUAUGUGUGGGGGUGUGUGUAUGUGUGCAUAUCUCCAGAAUUGUGCUUAAUUUAGGAUCUGAUCCUGCAUUUGUUUUCUCUACUCUGACUAUUGCAAUGAUUGUUUGAAUGUAUAAACACCCUGACUUCUUUUUAUAAAGUAUUUAAUAAAUAUUCCUGAAUGUUAAUGACUGGAGGGAAAAGAGGACCUUUUACACUACUUUUUUGCACCGUGUAGUAAUGUCAGUUCUGAGUUAACUUAUGCCUUACUGAAUUGCASCGGCGACGGGAACAGCGGCCCCUCCGAGCGGUGCCGCGAGGGCAGCGGGAKCCGCCGCAGCCCCGGGCGCCCAGCGCGGAGCGCACGGGUAUUUCUGUCCGUGCUGGAACCUAGGUACCAUGCUCUGUGGCCUGUGGAAAAGAUUUAAAUAAGCUUUUGUUCUUACUAGCUUUCUUACUAGCAUUAUGGAGGAGGUAGCUCGGAGCUGAUGACAUCCGUGUUUCUACUGCCUUAUACAGAAACUGCCCAGCUAAAUGUAGUGCUAGAAUUCAGGAAUCGCCAACGUUUUCCACUAGGAAUUUCCAGAUUUGUAGCUUCCAACAGGGCAAGAGAAAGAGAUCUUUUCUUUUAUAAUGCUUGAGCACUGAAUAGAUGAAGAAUCUUUCUUUUUUUCCAUUAAGAAAGAUAUACACAGAGCACGAAAUCCUGUGCUUCCACAGCUUCAUUUGUUUUUAGUAAACUAAAAAUUGCAGUAGUAAGACUUUUUCAAGACUAAGUAAACUGAUUGUUUUAACCUAGAAAUUUUUUAGUAGUAUUUGGUAUUUUCUACCUCUUCAGAAAUGAACAGCAUAGUUAAGAUCUUAUAUUAAAAAAAAAAAAAAAAGACCAUCUGCCUUAGAGAAAUGUAUGGAAUCUUUGAUCUUCCUCUGUCUCUUAUGUUUAGAUGAAUAUUUAACCGUCUUGCACUAUGUUAGUUGCACCUCUUUUCCAUAAUUUUAUACCUAUGGAUCGAGUCGUGAAAUACUAAACAUUAGGUCAGAAAUAUAGUGGGAAACAGAUGUAGCAGAAGUUGCACUUUUGAAUGAAGAUAAUGGAGGCGCACAGUGUUGUUGUUUUUCCUUCAGACAGCAGCGCCACAGUCAUUCCCAUACAAGCGUAACUUACAUUCCUGCCUGUCUGCAGCUCCAGCCUCGCUCAUUCCUCACCUCUGCUCCGCAUGUCUUUGACUUUCUGGCAACAGCAGAGUUUUCAAGUUUAAAAAGCAUGCAUCUCAUCAUCACCACUACCACCCACAGCCCCGUUUGGUUUUCCCUGUAUCUAUCAUGCCACGUUAAUAAUACAAAAUAAACUGCUCCUGUGAUAACUGUUGUUGCCAUGUUUAACUGGCUUGGGACUGGAAUAACUGGACAUUGUAUGGAUAAGGGAGCCUCCUGGAGGAAGUAGGAGCUUAGAGACAUCCACAAUUUACCAUGUCCUGCACUGUUCUGAAAAAUAAUUUAGGGUGUUGUAUGUAACCCAAAAGAAACACUAAGAAUGCUUUCACAAGCAAAUCUGUGUCAGUAGAUAUAUAUAUAUAAAUAUUUGCAUUGUGCUUUCUGUUAUCUUUAAUCUCUAUUGCCUUAGAAGCAGACGAUGGCUCUGUCACCUUCAUUUGCUUUGUGCAGGAAUUCUGCAUCGUGAUCAGUGCUGUAAUUUAUCACCCCCCAGAAAAGUGAACCUGAUUCUUUCAAUAGUCUUUUCAAGACUCAGCGAGGAGGCCAGCAGCUUAGUGGUGCAGUGAUGAAGAAAAAAAUGCAGAGAAAAAAUGGAAAGAAAAUCAGAAUCUUUGGGGACUGUUUGGCUUUCUGAGCUUGAUCCUUUGUUUUAUUUUCAUAUUAACUCUCAGAGCCUGGUGUAGAUAUAAGCUGACAUUUGUAAUUAUCCCUGCAGUUGGUUGUUACCAUUUAAGUUGAAGAGUCACUUAACAGAAGGGUUAAGCUAGGAUGUUUGGGGKUUUUUUUAAGCUUGUAAGAAAGGAAGUAAAAUGUGAAGAGAUAGAGGAUGUGUUAAAUUUACUCAUCAUCCUGUCUGCUGCUCUUUUUUUUUUUUUUUUUCCUUUGGAUGUAUGAAGUGGAUUUUCCCCUGAUGCUUUGUAUAUGACUUAAUAAUUAAUAGCAUCCAAAGUUAGAGAGUCAGAGGGGACCAAAAAAGAAAGCAAACCUAAAGAACCGUAAUGCAUUAAAAGCUGUGGGUGUUGAACUAAUGCCACUAUUUUGGGUGUUUGUGUUUUGACUUUUGAAAACUGGUGACAUUAUCUGGUAUCCUGCAGUCUAAGUCGGUGUCUAGAACGUCAUUCUCGUAAUGAUGGGGAGCAUUGGGCCGAGCGGGGCCUUAUAUAAAUUGUUUUCUGUGGCAACAUUCCCAGGGGAAGGGGGAUCCUUCCUGGUAAAAUCCUGCCUGGUAGAAUGCAGGGUAUUUCUUAGAUACUUGAAGCAAAAUUAUUGCACCAGUAAUAUCUCCUUUUGUGAAACUGCUCCACAACUGCCAGCUGUGAAUGAUGCUUUGACGCCCCCUUUCCAGCUCCAGUCCAACUGUCCUUGGUUAAUUUUGUAUGAAAGAGUUGGUUUUAGCUGUUAAAUUCAUGUCAAGAGUAUGUAAAGAAAUGGAAGAAAAUUGUCUUGAUGUUAUUUCUGUGCAUGUAUGCAAAUAUAUCCAUCAUUCUGAAAAUAGUAUCCUCUAUAUUGUCAUUCUGGGUAAAGUGAAAAGCUGUGGUACUUGGAUUUCGUAUUUUUUUACUUCARACCAUUCGGAUGUGUUACUAAGUGUAUAACUUACAUUAGUCUUUUGCAAUACGCCAAGACAUAUAUUGUUUUUGACUGAAAUCUAGAURCCUUUUCUUCCCUUCCAUUUAUGUUUUGUACCUGGUAACACUUCUACUCUCAAUGGAAACUGCCAGAGCAAGAGUGCUCAGAGAAMGAGCAGUAUUGGUAGACACCACAAUUCCUCAUUGUGGUGCGUAGGAAAUCUGGGGUUAUGAGGCAACAGCAUGAUGUGUGUAGGACACUGCUCUGUGGAGCAAAACACUCUCUGGUGUCAUUAGAUUGCUAUGGAAGCAGGGUGCUCCAUUAAUCAUCAUAUUCUUUCUGUGGUUCCCACUCAUGGAAAUGCGUUUCCUGUGCCAGAUUACCAGCAGUGAUCUACUCCUUUUAGAAUUUUUUUGAAAUAUAAAUCCAAUAAAGAAGUUAGGCCCUUUAUACAGAGCUGGAGAAAUAAAUAUGUCAGAGCGAGAGCCAGAACAGCCCAGUUUCUGAGGAGGAAGCGUCUGGAGUCGUCUGGUCUUCUCUSAUGCUUAAGUAGCGGUUCUUGGGAUGCAGAGUUGACUCCAACAAAUUUUCUUUGGAUCUGAAGUAGAAUUAUUAUUCUUUUUGUCAGAACUUGGCCCAUGAAGGAGAGAGAUGGGGACUGCAAACACAGUAGCCUUAUUUUGCAGUCUGACGUUUGAAGUCAACCUGCAAGAGCUGGAGAUUAUUAAAGCCAGAUCACUGUGCUGAAAGGAGUCCAAGACUCACAGGGCCAGAAUGGGACUAAGGACAACUCUGGGGUUGGGACAUGUGCCCGGGAGGGAGAUGGUCCAUUUCUGGUCCCCAUUCUCAAGACUUUUUUAUUUUAUGUGAGGCAAAUCCACUGGAUUCAAAACACAGAGCCUGCAGGCAAUGUGGAUCCCUAGUUUUACUUCCACAUUCAAAGGACUGGAGCCCAUUUAUACAUACAUAUGUAUAUAAUAUAUAUUUACAUAAUAGUUGSCAUCCUGAAGAAGGGCUUGCCAAUAGCUGCUGUAGUCUCCUUCUGCUCUCGAUACUGAAGUAAAUACAAUGCCUUAAGACACAUGUUGAGUUCAAGCACGAUUGUCUUAACCUGAGCAGGUCAGUKCCAGAGAAGAGAAAGCUUUUCUUAAAAAAAUGACAAGUUCAGUGCUUGAGAGGAGAUAUUAUUUUCUUUUAAUGAUUUACUUAAGGCUAGAACUAGAUGAAUUAAGGCUAGAACUCUUGAAUUAUGUCAAACAUCUAAGCUGUUCAGGCUACACUCUCACUAAUCCCUUAUGCAAACUCUGUUAAAACAGCAUUUUUGUUUGUAAUCUCGUAUUUGCUUCUCUGC